AUGAACAACGCGCCAGUGAAAAAAGUGCCCAUUCAUUUGCAGAGCUCGCAAAAUCGUCUUUUGAUCAAAAAUGGUCGUGUUGUCAACGACGAUGGAAUGGAAGAUGCUGAUGUCUAUAUUGAAGAUGGAAUCAUCAAACAAAUCGGGCGUAACCUAAUCAUCCCUGGUGGUACCAGAACGAUAGAUGCCACUGGCAAGCUGGUGAUGCCUGGCGGUAUCGACCCCCACACCCACUUCGAGCUGGAGAUGAUGGGCGCGAAAACAGCUGACGACUUCUAUAAGGGAACUAAAGCAGCUGUUGCUGGUGGUACAACCACAGUCAUCGACUUCGUCUUGCCAAACAAGGGUCAGUCUUUGCUGGAGGCCUUCGGUAAUUGGAGACAGAAGGCUGAUAACAAGGUGUGUUGCGACUACGCCCUGCACGUAGGAAUAACGUGGUGGUCUCCAGCUGUCAAGAAAGAGAUGGAACAGCUGGUCGCCGAGCAUGGAGUCAACUCCUUCAAAAUGUUCAUGGCUUACAAGGACGUGUGGAUGCUUGAUGACUACAACCUCAUGGUUGCCAUGGAAACAUGUUCUGAAUUGAGGGCACUGGCUCAGGUACAUGCAGAGAAUGGUGACAUCAUAGCUCGGAACACUGAGAAACUUUUGGGGUCCGGAGUCACAGGACCAGAGGGUCACCAGCUAUCUCGUGAUGAAGAAGUUGAAGCUGAAGCUGUCAACAGAGCUUGUGUUAUUGCUAACCAGGCAAACGCCCCUUUGUACAUCGUCCAUAUGAUGUCAAAAAGUGCUGUAAAAGCUUUAAGGAUCGCGCGCAGCCGGCAGCGGCCACCGGUCUACGGGGAAACUCUUGCGGCUACAGUUGGUACUGAUGGUACACACUACAAGAACGCGUGCUUCAGGCACGCUGCUGCCCAUGUCCUGUCCCCCCCAUUGCGACCUGAUCCCUCCACGCCAGAAGCUAUGGUGCAGGCUUUAGCUGACGAUGACCUUCAACUGAUCGGAAGUGACAACUGCACCUUCAAUGAAAGGGAAAAGGAAUUGGGCAAGAACAACUUCACCAAAAUCCCCAACGGAGUGAACGGCGUCGAGGAUCGCAUGGCUAUACUGUGGCAGAAGGCUGUAAACACAGGUAUCAUGGACCCAUGCCGCUUUGUAGCAGUUACAAGUGCGAACGCCGCGAAAAUCUUCAACUUGUGGCCCCAGAAGGGACGUAUCGCGGUCAACAGUGAUGCUGAUGUGGUGGUGUGGGACCCGCGUCUCGAGAGAACUAUUUCUGCGGCCACGCAUAGUCAUACUGUCGAUUUUAAUAUUUUUGAGGGUCAGCACGUCGUCGGUAGCCCACAGUACGUCAUAGUCAACGGUCGAGUGUGUUUGGACGAUGGAAAUCUUCGAGUAGUUGAAGGUCUGGGUAAAUUCCUGAAGACUCCAGCCAACUGCCCCUACAUUUACGGCGAAGAGAGAUCCCGCUCGCCGCAGACUGAAAAUUUGGAUGUGCCAAUCACACCUUCCAAGAUCACUAACGGCACACCAACACACGAACUGAGCGUGGCGCACAAGCAGCUGGAGGCGAUGUCUAUGACAUCAUCGGGUUGCAGCACACCCACCGGCCGCAAAAUGCGGGAACCAGGCCAAAGAAACCUCCAGAACUCCACUUUCUCCAUAAGUAAGGAAAUGGAAGGCGUCGAUACGAAGACAUCGGUGCGCGUCCGAAACCCACCGGGCGGAAAGUCGUCGGGACUCUGUCUGCCCGGCGGCCUAUGUGGAGAAUAA